AUGGGGGCAGCGGAAACAGAGAAGCACUACAGUCUCACCAUUUUUUUCAUUCUUCUCGUUGUUGCAAUAGGAGUUUUUGUGGUCCAUUUAUUACUGCAAACCAAAUUUCAUUACUUGCCCGAGAGUGUUGCCAUUGUCCUUAUUGGAACCCUGCUUGGUAUGUUGAUGAAGAUUCUUGAGAAAUAUAAUGUGGCAGAUUGGAAGACAGAAGAAAGUUUCCCACCAACUAUGUUCUUUUUGGUUCUCCUUCCACCCAUCAUCUUCGAAUCUGGCUACAACUUGCAUAAGGGAAACUUCUUCCAGAACAUCGGCACAAUCUUGGUGUUCGCCAUAUUUGGGACGGUUCUCUCCGCUGUUGCCGUCGGGGCUGGCGUCUUUCUUCUUGGAAAGGCUGGUUGA